UCAUCCCAUCUCUCUCUCUCUCUCUCUCUCUCUCUCUCUCUCUCUCUCCAAAAUGUCCCACACCAACCAGGAGCGUUUCCACGAGUGCUACAACACAUGGGUGCACCAGCAAGAGCUAGACCUUGAAAAUCUCUUGCAUGCAUUGCACCACCACUCCCACGACAAAGAUAAGCUCUCCAGCGUCGUCACCACAACCAUCCAUCACUACCAGGACUACUACAACGUACGCAGCCACCUCGCACGUCUCGACGCCCCCUCCUUCUUCUACCCCACCUGGUGCACCUCCUUCGAGAACUCCUUCCUCUGGAUCGCCGAGUGCAGGCCCUCCAUGACAAUCCGACUCGUCUACUCUCUCUCCGGCUUGGAGCUCGAGGCACACCUCGACGACUACCUGCAGGGUGCGAGGAGGGGGGACCUCGCCGAUUUAUCGCCUCUCCAGCUGAGCCUGAUCAACGACCUCCAUCGCAGGACUAUCCGGGAGGAGGACAAGCUGUCGAGCCGGAUGGCGAGCCUGCAAGAUGGCCUAGCGGACCAGCCACUGCUUUUAAUUGCAGCAGCUGCGGCGAGCCAGCACGCGUCGGCUGACGACGUGGAGCGAGCCAUGGAAGCGCACUCGGUGGCUUUGGCGUGUAUACUCGAGGAUGCGGACAAACUGAGAAUAAAUACUCUGAAAGAGAUGGUAAAGAUCCUCACACCUCUUCAAGCGGUGGACCUUUUGGUUGCAGCGAAGCAGCUCCAUUUCAGCGUUCAUGAGUGGGGCAAAAGAAGGGAUCGCCAGCAUGGAAGAAACUAAGUAGACGGCGAGUAUAGGUUGCACGUGUGUUUACUUAUGCACGUGUGUGUCUAUAUAUAACUACGCUAACACGUAAGGUCUCUACUGUGGUGCCUCGUUAAUAAAACAUACGGGAAUGUAUGUGCGUCUCGUCUGUAAAUUAUCUAUAGUGUAAAUGUUUUCAUUACAUUGUUGUGGAAAUGGUUUAUUGUGGCCCUACUAUCAUGUGUCGAUGAAAUCCAGUCCAACCAUUAGACA